CACCACUCCCUUUGCCGCUCUCUCCGGCACCAUGCUCCGCUGCGCAGUCGCCUCGUCGCAGCGGGCUGCGGCCGCUGCGGCCUCUUCGUCGUCGUCGGCCGGCGCGGCCAUGUCGGUGCAGCGCCUCGCCUCUGCGGCCGCCUCGUGCAGCAGCAGCAGCGCCGCCUCGCUGCGCGGCGUCCGCGCCCUCUCGUCCGUCGCACAGGUGCCCAACUACGACGUGUCACCGCCGACUCUGCCGCCAUUCAUGCGGCGCUCUCGCCUGUCGCCGGCGGCCGUCGCGCUGGCCACACAUGGCGGCGAGCCGACGCGGCGCGAGCGGCGCACGGCGCAGAAGGCGCAGCGCAAGGCCGAGGUGAAGCGCAAGGCCGAGAGCUCCAUCUUCGCCAAGGCCGGCGUUGCGGCGCAGAAGUAUGCGCCGUACGUGCGCCGCGACCGCCAGUUCAAGACGUUCAAGCCCAUCACGCGCUCGCUGCGCUGGACGCGCUACGUGCUCACGCCGCACCUGCACCGCGGCAAGCCCGAGCGCGCCCUCACCAUCGCCAAGCGCGGCACCGGCGGCCGCAACUCCACCGGCCGCGUCACGGUGCGCGGCCGUGGCGGCGGACACCGCCGCCGUCUGCGGCUCAUCGACUUCUACCGCCGCGAGUCGGGCGAGCAGGAGGUGCUGCGCAUCGAGUACGACCCGGGCCGCAGCGCACACAUUGCGCUCAUCCAGCACAAGGUGUCGGGCCUCAAGUCCUACAUCCUCGCGCCCGAGGGCCUGCGUGCCGGCGACACCGUCGAGUCGUACCGCUCCGGCGAGAACACGCCCGCCGGCGACGGCGAGGCCAGCUCGCUCGACAUUGGUAUCUUCCGCACGCGCGCCAUCCGGCCCGGAAACGUGCUGCCGCUCAGUCUGAUCCCCAUCGGCACCAAGAUCCACGCAGCAACGCUCGUGCCUAACGGCCCGGCCAAGCUCAUCCGCUCGGCCGGUGCAGAGGGCCAGCUGAUCGCCUUUGUGAAGCGUGCCAAGGCUGCGCUGCCCGGCUCGGUCGGCUUCAUCGAGCCGUCGGAGUCCGACGAGGAGCUGUCGGAGCUGGACGUCAGCAGCGGUGCCGUCGUGCCCACGCACGCGCAGGUCAAGCUCACGAGCGGCGAGGUGCGCCUGCUGCCGAUGAGCUGUGCGGCUGCCAUCGGGCGGGUCAGCAACAUCGACCACGAGCACGUGCGGCUAGGCAAGGCCGGUCGCGCGCGCUGGCUCGGCAUCAAGCCGAAGGUGCGCGGUGUGGCUAUGAACGCCUGCGACCACCCGCACGGUGGUGGCCGUGGCAAGUCGAAGUCGAACAUGCACCCGCGCUCGAUCUACGGCCACAAGACGAAGGGCCCGCGCACGCGCAAGCCCGGCACCAAGGGCGGCAACAUGAUGGUGGUGCGCGAGCGGCCACGCAUGAACGGCAAGCGGGCAGGCAAGGCAUAGAGAAGGGAUGGGAGAUGGCUGUCGAUGGGCGGGACGUGGCAGGAGCGCCACAAUGCAAUGCACACGAGCCUUGCACACAAG